AUGCCAAGCGUUCUGUGCAGGGCUGGGCGCCGCUCACCGACGCAGAAAAAGCCACUCUUAGUCUGCGUCUCCAAAGAGCGGCGCAAGAGUACGAGGGCAAGGCAAGGCUUCAUUUGGUUCUUCCCGGCUCUCACAGCUCGGGCAGCCUUCCUCGAAGCGCUGCAGGAUCACCAGGUGGUGGGGCCCAGGCGAAUAGCAGCAGUGGGCGUGGCUACACGUGUGGCUGAGGCUUCACUGCAGGUGCUGGAGGGUUUGGACGUGAUAUUCGCAGGCGAGCCCGUCGGCGAUGUGGUGGGCUUCGCGGUGCGCUUGAAUGCUAUGGCGACCCGGUUGACCAGGCUCCUUUUCUGCACCUCUGGCGUGCUGCUGACUCGGCUAAAUGCUUCGCCGGAUCUCGAUGGGGUCACCCACAUCAUUCUGGACGAGGUCCACGAGAGGAGCUUGCAUACUGACUUCCUCCUCACAAUCUUGCGGGAGCUCCUGCGUCGCAAGCCAGACUUGAAAUUGGUUCUCAUGUCUGCCACCUUACAGCAAAAAAUCUUCUUGGAAUACUUCUCGUGUUUCUUCUCUAGCGCAAGAGAAGUUCCCGUGAUCAACGUCUCCGGUCGCACGCAUCCGGUGACUGUGCGGUACGAAGGGCAGGCGCAGGCCGCGUCCCGUGGUGGCAUGCUGGCGGCUGCCGAGGUUUCCGACGAGCCUGAAACCCGAGAGGAGGAGGAGUUUGACGCCCAGAUACGCCGCCAGUAUGGACGUGGGGCCAAGGAGAUCCGCAUCUCGCCUGUGGUUCGCAGCUGUGCCGACUACCGCCAGAUCGCACGCUUGUGUGCUGCCAUUCUCGGAGGCCACACUGGCACGUUGGAAUAUGGAGAAGAAGAUGAUGCUGGUCACCAAGUCCUUCAAACGAUGAAACAAUGCGAUCUGUGGGCUCCUUCCACGUACGAGGAACUCCAUGCUGGACCCUCUGCCACCUAUCAGCAUCCAAGUGGGCCCCUGCACCGCAUUGACUACUUGCUGCUGGGCGGUCGAGCGACCACACACCAGCUCAAAAGCAUUGUCGCUGAGGACUUCGACACGGCGAACUACAAUUGUGAUCACUGGGCUGUUGAGAUCACUCUGGAUGGCACCUUGUGUGGGUGCCCGACACAAAGUACCUUGAGAAGGCCAGUGUAUGACAGAGCAAGAAUGCUCACCACCGAAGGCAAGCGGCAACUUCGGCAGGCUAUGGAAAGGUACGAGCAACCUACAUGGGAAAUGUCGGUCGACGAGCACUGUCGGCAUUUCCAGAACUAUGUCUGCGGAAUUCUGGAUGCCCUUUUUCAGAGGGACCGUAGUGGCCCUCGAGCGUCUUACAUCCCGGAUGAUGUGUGGACAGCCAGAAACUGCAAGCUCGUCCUCAAAAAGAAGGCAAAGCAUAGAAGACACCUGUGGCGAGAAGCUCUGCAGGCGGCCUUCUCUGGCUGGGCUGAGGCCAAACCUGUGCCGCUACAAGAGUGGAUCCACAAAGAGAGCCUCCUCUACCAGUUGACUGCAUCUGCAAUUGGUUUUGCCACUGGGUAUAUCAAGAAGCGGAUUGCCCAGGCCAAGACACAGCUGUUUGCUGAGUUUGCGGAACAGGGUCAGCUGACGACCAGUCAACUGCUACAAAAAGCCAAGCGGUGUGGCGUCGGUGGCCGGUGCCAACAAAACAUCUCCCGUGAACUCCCAUUGCUGCUGGAUGAGCAUGGUCAGCCGGCAAACAGUCGAGAGGCGAGAGAUGAAAUAUGGCUCAAAUACUUCAGCGAGCAGGAGCAUGGCAAGAUCAUCUCCGUGGAGGAGCUGCUGCAACAGAAGCCAGUUGCACAACAACUCGCUGAUGAGGUCGAGUGGACCCUUGCCGACCUUCCCUCCAUCCAGGAAAUUGAGCAGGGCAUCCGCCGAAUACCCAAGGCGAAGGCCAUGGGUCUUGACAUGAUACCAGGUGAGGCCCUUCAAGCCUGCCCGAGCCAGUUUGCUCUGGCCCUGCACCCGCUGUUUCUGAAGGCAGCAACAGGACUACAACAACCCCUCCAGUGGAGGGGAGGAGUGCUGUUCGAGUGUUGGAAGAAGAAAGGUUCCUGGUCGGAUGUGCAGAACCAUAGGUCGCUGUAUAUAUCCAGCGUUGUGGGAAAGCUUUAUCAUCGCCUGUAUCGUGACAAAUCGCAGCCACAACUGCAAAAAGCAUUACACGAGCUCCAUCUUGGAAGCAAGCGUCAGGCCCCGAUGACGUAUGCGGCGAUGUACAUCCUUGGACAUUUUCGUCAGUGUCGCAGAGCCCGCCGUUCUGUUGGGACUCUCUUCCUUGACACGACGGCAGCAGCAGGGCUUUCACCAGGAGUGCGAGGGGUCGUGCGCGAUCUACACCAUCGUACAUGGUUCUCCACUAGGCAUAGUGCUGGACUGAAGGUGGCUACGACAUUGGCAGGGAGUCGACCAGGCGAAUCGUUCGCCGAUGCUGUCUUUGCUUUUAUCUACAGCAAGGUCUUGUGUAAGAUCUCCGAGGCGGCUAAUGCGGAGGACCUCUUCAGCCAGUACUUCUAUGACCAGGAGAAGGGACCAUUUGGAAAUGGUUCAGAGGGUACAGCCCUUGUGGCCAGAGAUGCCACAUGGGCGGACGACACAGCAUACCCGAUCGAUGCUGAGACACCGGAGGAGCUGAUGAGACGUGCGGUCAGGCUCUCCACCCUCGUUAUCCAGGCCUGCCGAUCCUUUGGGAUGAGUCCGAACCUGAAGCGAGGCAAGACAGCAAUAGUCCUGUCACUGGUCGGCAAGGGACUGCAGAAAGUCCGGCAGAAGUACUUCAGCCACAGCCGAGACAUGCUGUGGUUGCCUGAACUGCAGCUUUCGGUGCAUGGCGCUCCCCAGUACAUCCACCUGGGUGGUAUGCUGGACAUGACAGCCAGCAUGCAGGCGGAAAAACGACGCCGGCUUGCUCUAGCAGCGAAUGCCUACGACUCAGGGAGGCGACUGCUAUACCAGAACCGGGCCAUCGACCUAUCGGUGCGAACCAAGCUGUUCGAGAUUUCUGUGCAGUCUACCCUGCACAAUUUGGCGCUUUGGUGCCCAGAAGGGCCAGCUUGGCAGAGCCUGUGCGAUGGCUACUCCAGGCUUCUGCGAAGGCUGCUGACACCGAUGGUGCCAACAGACAAGAUCUUCCACAUCCCACUGCCGAUGGUACACCUACUUACCGACAGCUGGAGGCUCGACUUGUUUGCCACACGACAACGGAUGAGCCUACUGAAGGCAAUGGUCUGUACAGGACCGGAGCUUCUGUGGGCAGUGUUGCAGAAGGAGGGCAAAUGGAUGCAGACGAUUCUGGAGGACCUACGACGACUCCGUGAGUUUGACAAGACGUGGCCAGAGAUUUCCAUGCAAUGUUGGCCAGUCUGGUGGCAUGCCAUUCGUGAAGCCCCGGACAAGUUCAAGAUCCGGAUCAAGCGUUGCUUGCAGUGGACCCAUGGGAAGCAGAAGGAGGCUGACAAAGCAGCUGUGGGCCUAUGGGGACUGUUUCGCAUCGCCAGUGAGAUGAUUCCGGAGACUGUGUCCCAACAUACAACAUGGUCAUGCCGACAGUGCCAGAAGACAUUCAAAUCGAGGGGUGGACUUGGAGCCCACUUUUACAAAACCCACGGCAGGUCUGCUGCCUACCGCCGUUGUGCCGUUGGAUCCCAGUGCAGAGCGUGUGGCAAAGAAUUUUGGACAUUUGCCAGGCUGUCCACUCAUUUGAGCGCUUCCACACGAUGCGUGGCUGUGCUGUGUCAGCGUGGUUUGACGGUUGAUGCUGUUCUGCCAGGACAUGGUAGCCGAGAAUGGCGACGUCUACAGGUGGAGCAAUUUACAUGGGCACCCAAUGUUGUCACAUCGGAACCGGUGCUCGAUGAAGCCCCGGACAGAUGGAACGAGGCAGCUACGAAUGCCUACAAGGACCUCUGUGACUGCAUCACCACCGGUGAGAACUGGCCAACGGUGGAGAGUGUUCAACAAGCGGUUAUGAGGAUCCUGUCCUGCCGGCCCCUGUACCCAGAGGAGGAGGUGAUGAUUCUGGAUAGACUGGCAGGUGAUGCGAAAGACCUGAAGGAGGCAAGCCCCCCUGAGACCGAGGACAAUGUCUCUUACUACCAGGUCCAGCUCGCUUGUGAACAGCUUGCAGAAUCACUGCCACGAGUCCAGGGAUCGCAGGUACCCCUGAACCACACCGGGCAGACCUUCAGAGAAUUCCAGGCUACACUCGAUCAAGUCGAUUGGGGCCGGUUGAUUGAACGGUGCCGGCAACAAUGCGGGACCUAUGAUGAUGCUUUGAUUUCGCUGAGCGAUAUGUGGGAAACUGAGUGCAUGUCGCCCAGAGAAGCAUCGGAAGACUCAGUCGCGAUGUUCAGUGCCGAAGCCUUUGUGCCAAG